UAGUUAGUUUAGUGAAGAAUCAUCAUGUCGAAGCAAGUGUUACUUCUAUGUCUGUUCCUGUUGGCGAACAGCCUGUUGGUGGUGGCGGAAUCGGACGAGGAUACCCCUCGCCGUCGUCGUCGGACCGUCUUUCGAGUCCAAGAUACUGGUGCUACCCAAGCCAUGUACACGAGUCCACAAGUCCGUGGACGACGACGAGUGGUCAGUGGAGAGUUUGGAGAAGCACAAGAAGCAGGAGUCCAAGAUGAAGAAGCGGAUCGAGAAGCCGAACUGAUCAACUUUAGCGACGAAGAAUGGGGUCGAUUUCUAGCGGACGAAAUGAGUCUUUCCUAUCCCGCUUAUGGUACCGGUACUGCUACUGGUGGUGCUGCCCCAGGCAUGAUGCGAGUCAUGACUAUGAACAUGCGAAUGAUGGGAGACGGUGGUGCCAUGAUGAAGCCAGCCAAGAAGGGCAGUUCCAAGAGUGCUGGUGCCAAGACUAUGAAGAUGAUCAAUUCGGGCAAGGGAAUGGUCGGACGUCCCAAGGCGAUGGGAGGAGAUAUGGAGAUGAUCAUGAUGCCGAUGGGCAUGGAUUCCUAUGACGAAUACAAUGAUGGAGCCAUGAUGGGUGGUGGAGGAAUGGGCUCCAAGCCAGCCAUGAAGCCAGCCAUGGGAAGCAUGAGUGAUUAUUACGAAGCGGAUGAUGAUGACGAGUAUUAUGGCGGCGCAAUGAUGAGUGGAGGAAUGGGAGCCAUGGGCGGAAUGAGCAAUUAUUACGCUUCGGAAGAUUAUGAAGUCAAUAGCGGCGGUAUGAUGAAGAAGGGAGAUAUGAAGAAAUCAGACAUGUCGAUGGCCAUGAGCAUGGGCGGAAUGAGUGAUUACCAUUACUACUAUGAAGAUGAUGAUUACUCUGGUGACGGACCUGCCAUGGGAAUGAUGGACAAGGUCAUGAUGGGUGGUUCGGGUGGUUCUUCCAAGCCGAUGAUGGGCGGUUCUCCCAAACCGAUGGGUGGUGGUUCUUCCAGGCCAACGAUGGGAGGUGCCAUGGGAGGUGGUUCUUCCGGGCCAACGAUGGGAGGAGGUGCCAUGGGAGGCGGAGGCAUUAGUGAUUCCUAUGAGGAAGAUUCCUACGAAGAUCGUCCAGGGAAGGGUGGAGCCAUGGGCACUAUGGAUCGUCCAGGUACAGGCCUGAUGACUGGAGGCGGCGGCAGCCCGGAUGGUCCUUUCUACGGAAUGGCAAUGGGCAUGGUCGACGAUAGCUAUGCAUAUUCCAUGAUGAUGGGUGGAGGCGGCAGCGCGUCCGCCAAGAGUAAAGGUGGUGCCAAGGGCAAGGGUAUGCGAAAAAGCUCAAUGUCCAAAUUCGAUCGGUCCUUUUGGAGACCAUAACUAUCCGAUGACAUGAUUGCUGACGUCGCUCACCGAAGAGAGCCCUGGCAUUUGCAACUUGUUCGAAGCGUGGAGAGUUUGGCGUAUAGCCAGCUAGCUUGCAAGUUGCUUUUUUGCAUAUCCCCCCGCCAGAGACAUUGAAACCAUAUGUUGGCGUUGUUUUAUUUUAAUAGUAUAUAAGAGAAAACAAGUCUAAAACACUAUCUGUAUCAUGUCUUG